AUGACAAACAACUUUGAAUUGGCCCGACGGAGGCGCAACAGACCCUCCUACGUCUGUAUACCCUGUAAAACCCGUAAAGUCAAAUGUGAUAAGGGAAGACCAUGUGCUUCGUGUGUCACUAACAACCUACAAGAAUUCUGUCAAUACGAGCUGCCUAAAGAAUCCAAGAAAGAUCACGAUAUUGAAGGAGACCAUAUCAUUAAGCAUAAGCAUAACAAUGAUGACCUGUUUCAGCUUCCACCAAUUAGAAACGACGAAGAAAAAGUGAUGAUCUCAAAGCUGGAACUUGCCGAGCUACAAGCAGCUGCCAACAGUCCUGAAGUUUUACCACAAAACAUACUUCCAGUGCAAGAGUUUAGCUUCAAAACCAUCUCUAAAACAUACUUGAAUCGUGAUCUUGGCGCGAUCCCUCUUGAGUGGCAACUGCUCCAUGAUCCCAAUGCCCCAGAAGACACAUGUUUUGCAACAUUUAUGUUGUUCAAACACAAAAUGAUAAACUUCACAUACCAAAGUACCCGGUUCAGCCCGCAGACCCCGAACGCCGAUGACAAGUCGUUUUUGGGAACUAAUCCAUACAUAUCCGAGGACGAAGAAAUAGACAUUCUGGGCAGCGGAGGCUUUUCCAGUGUUGCGAAUGUGGUAGGAACCUCAGAAUGUCUUACUUUUGGAUGGAGAAGUACCAUCUCGAAACAACCUUGCUUUCUUGCAUUGCGCAACUAUGUUAUCUCGCAAAGAGAAGCCGAGGCAGCCCAACCAAAACGACGGCCCUCCGUCCCUCCUCGCCAAAAAAAACCGACAUUUGACGAUAAGGCUCUGGCAGCCAACCAAACCAACCAAGAAGCCAUGGAUUAUCGACUUUUGACGUUGGAUCUUACCAACAAGGGCUCCAUCUUUGCACCUGAAACCACCUUGAUCGAACGAAUAAAGGCCGUUAUUCCCGAUAGAUCAAUCACUUAUAAGCUCCUUGCUCGGUUCUUUCGUCUAUUCAUCCCAUACUACCCUUUUAUUAAUCAGGAUACAUUCUAUCGCGAGAUUGAGAAAAUCAUUGGUUCUGAAAAUGAUAAAAGUGACAAAAUUGACCUCCAUCUUGAAAAGAGACUCGACUUGGCCCAUAUUGGAAUACUUCUUGUUAUCUUACGUUUCUCGUACUUAUCUUUCUUUGCAAAUGUUACUAAGGGCCAGGUUGUGGCCCCUUCCGACGAUUUACCACCCCAAAGAAUUCCAUUGUUCCUUGGUACACCUAUCGAAUUAAACGUAAUUGAAGUCGCUCGAGAAUGUUUCACACAAUUUCAAAAAAAGAAGAAAAUCAGUCUUGAGGUCCUACAAUGCGGGAUGUUUUUGUGGACGUACGGUUUGUUGUCUCCCGACGAAGAGGAAGGAGCAGAUGGUGGUGAAUACAUUAUACUGCAUGGCCUGUUGGUUUCCAUGGCAUACUCGCUCGGACUUCAUCGUGACCCAGAUUAUGUUGGGUAUGCUACAUGGAGUGAAGACAAGAAGAACAUUGGACGGCGAAUAUGGUACUACUUAACCAUCAUGGAUUUCACAGCCUGUUUUCUGACCGGGUACCCGUUACUCAUCAAUGCUCAAUAUUACGAUACCAAAUGUCCAUCACACGUUCACGGCUUUUCGAAUGUACGUGAUCUUGAAGUGGAGGAGGCAAUCAACGUGUUGUUCAAUUACGCCGAUGUUCUUAUCAAGGGACCCCUAAGUAGAGUUGUUGGGACACUUCUUGACCCGAGGUCCAAAAUCAAAGUGUCACAGCUUACCAUGAAUCUUAAUUUGCUGGAAGUUCAAGUAUUUUCUUUGUUUGGAAGAAUUGAGGACUACGUGAAGCCCUUGGAGAAAUCAACACCGUCAUACCAAUAUGCCAAAACCAUGAAGGCGAGAAUUUCAUUUGGUUUAAAAGCCUUUUUGAUGUUGAUGUAUCUUCAUCUUCAAAUGCAUUACGAGGCCAAAGGGGACUUAGACAUAGCCUUUUACUACUUCAAGAAGCUUCUUUGGAUGGGUCUUAAUGAGCUUGUACCCUACUUUUUCCCAAUGAUUGGCAAAGGGAGAGAACACUUUGGUGAAAGUGCCGAAAAGAUUUUAAACCCUCAAAUGCAAUACGUGUUGCAAGUUUGUAUUGAGCUCUCGCUCAUGGGGAUCAUAAGAAUGAAUGCGCAGAUGUAUAAAAUGAAGCUGGCUGCUGGCCACAGAGAGCGUAUGGCUAACGAUCCUGAAUAUGGAACGUACGUUCGUGUGGUCAAGGAGUUGAUUGGGUGUUUUGAGCAAUGUGCUAGAGCCGGUCUCAUGGCACUUUCCAUGUUAAGUCACAGGUACUAUUUCGCUUGGGGAGUGAGUAGAAGUCAUAACUACUUACUCAAAGUUGUGACAUCCGAUGACUUUUAUGUCCUGAGUGUCCUGAGUGCCUACUAUCAAACAUGCAAGGGCUAUUCGUUGACACAACUUCAGGAAAUGCUUGAAAUACUUAACACCAGCGUUAAUACCUUGCAAGUAAUUGCUGUUCAUUGUGACUAUCUCGACAUGUCAGCGAUCAGCAAGAAGAAUCCGCAGCAAAAAUCUCCUACGUCGAGUACGAAUGGCAGCGUGGAUGUUUCGAAAAAUGGAGGCGAUCUCAACACCGGAGCAAAGAUUAGCAGUCAGUUUGAAGACCUCAAUUUUGACAGCGGAGCCGAGAUCGAUAAACUUUGGCUUCGGAUUCUUUCUGAAAGAAAUCAAAAAGACCAAGAUAUUUUGCAAGACGGCGACAGAUUGAAUAUGGGCAUUUUUGACGAGAGGAAGAACGAGAUUCCAGGACACAUCAAGAAUAUCCAGAACCAAUCCGAUAUGAAGCAGUCACAGCAACAACUUCAACCUGAUCUGGGGUUUGGAUUCGAACCUUUAUUCGAUAUGGGGUCGCAAGCAGAAUAUGAAAUAGAUUUCGCCGAGCUCCAGACCCUUGGAGUUUUCAGUGAAUAUCCCCUCCAACACGUAUUCAAAGGGUAA